GUGUACGGAAAAGAGCUUGUACGCGAGAAUGCGAAACUACGCGUCUCCCCAACAAGCUCCCGUUCGCGUUCACUAUCGCCCACGAAUCACACCUCACGCCUCACGACACUGCACUAAAAUGGCUACUCCACAACGAAUCAAGGCUCUGGACCAAAAUGUCGUCAACAAAAUUGCCGCUGGCGAGAUCAUCGUAGCUCCCGUCAAUGCGCUCAAGGAGCUGAUCGAGAAUUCGGUGGAUGCUGGAUCCACAUCGAUCGAAAUCGUCGUCAAAGAUGGAGGCUUGAAGCUACUUCAGAUCACGGACAACGGCUCAGGGAUAAAUCGUGACGACCUACCAAUCCUUUGCGAGCGGUUCACGACAUCAAAGCUCAAGGCCUUCGAGGAUCUCACGUCGAUAGGGACGUAUGGGUUUCGCGGCGAGGCGCUGGCCAGCAUCAGUAUGAUUGCACAUCUGACAGUCACCACGAAGACAAAGGACUCGAACACUGCAUGGAAAGCCGUAUACGCCGAUGGAAAGCUUGCACCCCCGAAGCCUGGACAGAGUGCAGAUCCCAAACCUUGUGCUGGUAGGCAGGGAACGCAAAUUACAGUUCAGGAUCUGUUUUACAAUACUCCCAGUAGACGGCGAGCGUUCCGGAGUACGUCGGAUGAAUACCUCAAGAUCCUGGAUGUUGUUGGUCGCUACGCGGUUCACUGUGAAGGAGUGGCUUUCUCGUGUAGGAAGCAAGGCGAUGGCGGCGUUGGCCUGUCCACCACGUCCACUGCCAACGUCGUGGAACGUAUCCGGCGUAUUCACGGGAGCGCAGUCGCCAACGAAGUCGUCGAAUUCUCAGUAUCGAACAAGGCGCUGGGAUUUAAGGCGAAAGGGAUGCUGAGCAAUGCCAAUUACCACGUCAAGAAAACCACGUUGCUGCUCUUCAUCAACGGUCGCUCGGUCGAGUCGUCGGCCAUCAAGAAGGCGAUCGACGCGACGUAUUUGACGUUCCUUCCCAAGGGCGGGCACCCCUUCGUUUACCUCUCCAUUGAGAUCGAGCCCGACCGCGUCGAUGUGAACGUACACCCCACAAAGCGCGAGGUGAACUUCCUUCACGAAGACGAGAUCAUAGAAAAGAUCGCCGAAGCGAUACAAGAGCAGCUCGCAGCAGUCGACACAUCGAGGUCGUACACCUUGACGCAGACCGUGCUACCUGGGACACAGCCACAGUCUGUUGUAGCCUCGCGCGUUGGCCAGGGACGACAGCAAAAAGAUGCGAACCCAAGCUUCAAGCCGCCUACGACCAAAAAGACCUAUGAGAACAAUACUGUGCGGGUUGACCACCGCGAUCAGAAGAUCACAUCGAUGCUGCUGCCCGCCGUCCGCGACCCCGGCGGUGUCGGAGGAGGCGCAGAAACAACCGAGUACGAGUAUGACGACGGACGAGAGUGGGAGGAAGUUACCUAUUCCACCGUUAAGACCCUACGGAAAGCAGUUCGCGAAUCCGCACACAGCGGCCUUGCUGAGUUGUUUCUCGGCCACAUCUAUGUGGGGCUGGUGGACGCGCACAAAAGGCUCGCCGCAGUACAACACGGUGUCAAGCUCUACCUUGUCGACUAUGCGGCCGUGUGUUACGAGAUGUUCUAUCAGAUUGGCCUGUCGGAUUUCCGCAACUUCGGGCAGAUACGUUUCAACCCACCACUGUCGCUGCGCGAACUUCUCCAGAUUGCUGCGGACGAGGAGCAGGAGUCGAGAAACGCCCAGACCGGCGGAGCGACACCGGCGGGGAGGCCUAGUAAGCCGGGCCGCAGCGAUGACGGCGGAGAAGACGGUGGGGGAAGCAGAGAUGACGAUGAUGUCGUGAUGGGUGACAGUGACACACCGUUGGAUCUGCACAGCAACAGCCACGACGAAGGAUUUAAUUGGGAAGGUGCCACUCAGAUCGUCGAGAAUACCCUCAGGAAGCACAGAGUAAUGCUUCGCGAUUACUUUUCGCUCGAAAUCAACGAUGACGGCGAGCUGGUAAGCCUGCCACUGCUCCUCAAGGGAUACAUGCCCUCUCUCGGAAAACUUCCGGCCUUCUUACUCCGACUGGGUCCCAACGUGGUAUGGAACUCCGAAAUGGAAUGUUUCCAGACGUUUCUGCGGGAGCUAGCGCUAUUCUACGUUCCCGAACCCAUCCUCCCAAACUCCGAAGAAAAGGAAAAGGAGUUGGCCGUGAUCCUCGAAACCGUCAUCUUCCGGGCGUUCCGGAAGCGGCUCGUACCGACGACUGAGCUCUUGGCCGGCAACACGGUAACGGAGAUUGCGAAUCUGAAGGGGCUGUAUCGGAUCUUUGAACGGUCCUGCUAGCUGCUAUGUGCGGUAUGUAGAGUGUGCCCUGUAGCUGCCUAGAUUGUUUUCGGGAAGGGAUGGGAUGCGGUGGGAAGGGGAUGGGAAUGGGACCGACGGCCCGAGGUCGAUGUGGAAUAAGCAAAAAGCUAUGUACCGACCUACCGACCUACCGACCUUAUACCUAGCAAGCUAGCUAUCUUUUGUUUUUCUUUCUCUCAUGUCAGCCCCAAGUUCCAAGUUCCAACAUCCUGACUCCUGACGCGAACGGACGGCAAGUGAAGUGAGGUGAGGUGAAGUGAAGUGAAGCAACGCAAAGUAG